AUGGGGAACUGCUUGUUUGGAGGCUUGGGGGAAGGUGAUGGAGUGAUCAAAGUCAUAACAUCAAAUGGUGGAGUCAUGGAGUUUUCAGGUCUCGUUACGGCAGGAACCAUCACAGAUGAGUUCCCAGGGCACGCCAUUUUUCGAAGCCAAGAUCUCUUUUGGAAACCACUGUUUCACCAUGAAGAACUCCUCCCUGGGAAAUCCUACUAUCUACUUCCACUAAACAGCAAAGAGGGUUCAGGUAAUAGCGGCCAGAUUGUGCGAGAAGGCCAUCUAAGGUCGAACAGCAUCCCGGCAUCUCUUGUUGCGCCUUACAGGAUGUCAUGUGAUUAUCAGGGUCAGGGGACACUGAAGAGGUCUCAUACGGAUGUUUUGUCGAGGCAUGACGACAAUGGGUUUUGGAAAGUGAAAUUAGUGAUCACCCCAGAACAGCUGUUGGAAAUUUUGUCACAGGAAGCUCGGACUCAAGAAUUGAUUGAGAGUGUUAGGACUGUCGCUAAGUGUGGAAAUAGAGUUGAAACUUCUGUUGGAUUUUCGGAUCAAUGGAGUUUGUCAAGCAGUAGGAAUGCGUCUUCUAACAAAGAUGGCUUGUUGUUAGACUUCUAG